GAAAUGCAAUUCUCUUGAUCAAAAUGCCAAGAGAACAUCAGUUUCUUACGCGACACUUCAUACAAUGAUAGUUCUUUCAUACAUAAUUAUAAACGUGUGGAUCGUAAUACAAGUCCACAGGUCUACUGUGACUUCGUUAACGUCGUUGCAGAACAACUACAUAAUGGCUUAUGAGAACAAAACUUGGGCUGAUAAUCAAAUAAAAAAAGCUCAAAACAAAUGCAAUGAAUAUACACAGUACGCUUGCCAGCAUCAAACUUCCGACGAAAAAAAUUUCGAUAAGGAUGGUUUAUUGAAUGCAGAAUAUGUUUCUGAAGGGACGCUUCCUCACAUAGCGUAUCUAUUGAUUCAUAUAGAACCAAUAGUGAGUGGGAUUCCUUCGAAACAAACUUGGGACUGCGGUGGUUCACUGAUCAGCGAGAAAUUUGUGAUGACAGCUGCUCAUUGUACUUUCGGUAUAGAAUUUGUGGGACAAAUUACAAUCAAACUGGGAAGCUUAGAUAUGAGGAACGAUGGGACCGGCCAAUGGUAUGGUGUUGAUCGCAUCUACGAACACCCGUAUUUCAAGUAUGAUGAUGGCUUGCUUCAUGAUAUUGCCUUGAUAGAACUAUCAGAAAGAGUGCAUUUUAAGCCAAACAUGAGACCGAUAUGUUUGAACACAAAUUACGAGAUUAACAAGUACACCAGUGCUAUUGCCGCAGGAUGGGGUGAUACUGAACAUGGAGGGACCAAUAACUAUCUCAAAAUGGCUGAGUUACCAAUGAACGAAUCGGCAUGUGACUUUUUAUUUAUACGUGAUGGUCAAUUCUACGAGGUUGCCAAAUCAUAUACCAUUUGUACGAGUGAAGCAAAAAAAGGCCCAUGUCCAGGUGACUCCGGAUCACCCCUACAAGUUUUGCUGGAAAAUACUACGUGCCCAAACAUAUACGAACAAAUUGGAAUAGCUUCGUUUGGAUAUGGCGCUUGUUCGUUAAAUUCUACUUUUAAUAUUGGUCUGUACAGAAAAGUUGCACUUUACGUUCCUUGGAUUGCUAGCAUUGUUUGGCCGGAAUGACGAAUCGUAAAAAUAAGAACAUAUACUUACAUACGUUCAUUGUGGCAAAUUCUAUUUGAUGAAAAUGCAUCGUUUUGAAAGAAAAAUCAAUGAACCAUUCUUCAUCAAUAAUCAAAAUAUACAAAUACAAUCAUGUGUUUC